AUGUAUAAAGUAAGCGAGGACGAUAGACAAAAGGCUCAUGAGCUUGUUAAAUCACUUUAUAAUAUAAAAAAACCUACUGGAAUGACUAGACGAACUAAAAGUGUAAAAAAAACAGAUUAUGUUCAUGAGCCUUCAGGUCUAACUAUAUCAUCGUGGAGGAUGAAUGAAUGGGAUUAUAAAAAAGGCCUCGUUCCUAUUAUGGCUAGAGGACUAUUUACUAGAAAAACUGAAGAGGAAAAAUAUGAAAUAGUUAUUCGUGGUUAUAAUAAAUUUUUUAAUAUUGAUGAAACAGAAGAUACCAAAUGGGAAAAUAUAGAAUCUAAUACUGAAAGUCCUUAUGAACUCACAAUUAAGGAAAAUGGAUGUAUAAUAUUUAUUGGUGGACUUCCUGGUGGUCAUCUUCUUACAACUAGUAAACAUUCAUUGGGAAUAAAGCAAGAAGGAGUUUCUGUACACGCAAUAAAAGGUAAAGAAUGGGUGGAAAAACAUCUUGCCAAAGCAGGAAAAUCUCAAACUGAUCUUGCGACUUUUUUGUAUGAAAAUAAAUUGACGGCAGUAGCAGAGCUUUGUGAUGAUAGUUUUGAGGAACAUGUCUUGCCAUAUCCUCCUGAAAUGAUUAAUGAAUUUGCUAAAGAAUGGGGAUUUAUACCAACACAUUAUAUUAUGAAAAAAAAUGUUGAAGAAAUUAAAGAGUUUACAAAUGAAAUUGGAAAAGAUGGGCAUUAUGACGGAAGAGCAAUUGAAGGAUUUGUAGUUAGAACAAAGUACAAAUCAACUGGUGAAUGUUUCUUUUUCAAAGUUAAAUAUGAGGAACCAUAUUUAAUGUAUCGUGAAUUGAGAGAAGUAACGAAAGCAAUUAUAAAUGGGAAACCACCAAGAUUCAAGUAUAAAUUAACUCAAGAAUAUAAUGAUUGGGUGAAGGAAAAAUUAAAAACAGAACCAGAUAUUUUCAAUGGAUAUCUAAAAAAUCAAGGAAUUUUUAGAAUAAGAGAAAUGUUCUUGAAUGAUUUGAAAUUGACAAGCGAUGCAUUAAAUUCUGAUAAACUAGCAAAAUUAGAUAAUGAUCAAAUAAAUAAAGAACUCAAAAAAACAUUGAUCAUCACAGUUGCCUCAAUUGGAUGUGGAAAGACAUCAUUAUCAACGGCACUUACUAAAUUGUUUGGAUUUGGACAUGUACAAAAUGAUGAUAAAAAAAGACGAUUAAAUUUUUAUAAUGAUAUCAAUAAACUGUUAGAAACAAAUGAACAUCGUAAAUCAUUAAUUGAAUCGGUGAAAUCAGCACAUCAAAAUCUUUCUAUAAUUGCUUUAUAUUGGGAUCAUAAUCUAGAAGAUCUAAAAGGAGUUUUUGAGAUUAAUUCAAAACGAGUUAUUGAGAGAGGAGAACAUCAUCAAACACUUAGACCAGAAAAUCCUCAUUUUAAAAAAAUCAUGUGGUCAUUUCUUGAAAGCUUUGAACCACUUAAUUCCAACAAUGGAGUUGAUGAUCAAUAUGAUCUUGUGAUAGAUUUGGAUAUUAGCAAUGAUUUAAAAUCUAAUAUAAAAAUAACAAAAGAUCAACUCAAAACAAUUCUUGAAAUAAAAGAACCAUCAGAAGAAGAAAUUGAUAAUGCAAUAGAAAAAGCAUUACAAUAUGAAUCAACUGUUCGUAAGAUUCGUAACAAAAAAAAUCCAUGA